AUGAAGACCGAAGUUGCUCCUCAGUGUCUGCCGUCAAUGAGAAGAAGCCUGAUUGAGGAUGCUCGGGAGGGCAGAGAGCCGGGUAGCCCUGUCCCUGAGCCCGCUGACCAAUCGCUUGACUUCACUUUGGACCAAGAGGGGGGCAGAGACCUGGUAACUUUCACCUUUACGCUCCGAAACGCCAAGAGUUCUGCUCUCUCCCGCGCCAUCAACAUUUUCGAGACGUUUGAAGCUCAAAUCCACCACAUGGAAAGCAGAGCAGUUAGCAAGGACAAAAGUCGGGUGGAUGACCUGGAUUUCUUCAUCAGAUGUGAGGUGCACAGUUCCGGAGUCAAUACUCUGAUAAACUCUUUAAAAGGAAUGGCUGAAGAUGUCAGUAUCAGUAAGGAAGAGAAAGUCCCUUGGUUUCCUAAAAAAAUACAAGAUCUUGACAGGUGUCAUCAUCUGAUUACCAAAUUCGAACCUGAUCUGGAUCAAGACCAUCCAGGUUACCAAGAUCUGGAGUAUAGAGAACGCAGGUCUCACAUCGCAGGUCUGGCACUUAAUUAUAAGCAGGGAGAGCCUUUACCAAGGGUAGACUACACAACAGAAGAGAUAGCAACAUGGAAGAAGGUCUACAAUAAGCUGUCCACCUUGUACCCAAGCCAUGCCUGCAGGCAAUUUCUGGAUGCCUUCCAGAUUCUGGAGAAACACUGUGGUUACCAGGCAGACAAUAUCCCUCAGCUUCAGGAUGUCUCCAGUUUCUUGAAAGAGAGGACAGGUUUUCUUCUGCACCCCAUUGCUGGUCUCCUGUCACCCCGUGAUUUCUUAGCCAGUCUGGCAUUCCGAGUCUUUCAAUGCACUCAGUACAUCCGUCACUCCUCAUCCCCAAUGCACUCUCCUGAACCCGACUGCUGUCAUGAAUUGUUGGGACACAUUCCUAUGUUGGCAGAUGAACAGUUUGCACAAUUCUCACAGGAACUUGGCCUGGCUUCAUUAGGAGCAUCAGAUGAAGAUAUUGAAAAACUAUCAACUCUUUACUGGUUCACAAUAGAGUUUGGGCUCUGUAAGCAGAAUGGAGACCUGAAAGCUUAUGGAGCUGGACUGCUUUCUUCAUAUGGAGAGCUGAUGUAUUCCUUAUCGGGUGAACCUCAAUACAAGGCUUUCGACCCUGAGGUCACAGCAAUCCAAACAUACCAAGAUCAGACCUUCCAACCCCUCUACUUUGUGUCAGAGAGUUUUGAAGAUGCAAAAUCCAAACUCAGGGUGUAUGCGUCUAAGAUCAGGAAGGGCUUCUCACUCCACUACGAUCCACUGACCUGCAGUGUGGAGAUACUGGACAAACCACACAAGGUCAAGAAAGCUCUUACCCAGAUGCAGGAUGAGCUGAAGAAUCUCUGCUUUGCUCUAGAUCAACUUUCUUAA